AUGCAGAAGUGCAUGUACGGGGCCGACCCCGCGCCCAUCCCCUGCGGCGCGUUCAACAGCGACGGCAGCAUCUACGCGUACGCGGUGAGCUACGACUGGAGCCGUGGCUUCCAAGCCUACAACCCCUCAGCCAUGCCGGCCGCCAUCCUGCUGCACGCCACUCAGGAGAGCGAGGUGGGCGUCUGGGAGCCCACGUGCUUGGGCGGCUUCUAUUGGGACUCCGCCACGGCCAAGUGCACGGCCUGCGGCUGGGGCUACUACUGCACGGGUUCCGUCGGCGGCGUCGUCAACCGCGUGGAGUGCGUGAACGGCACCACCACCAAGUCCAUGUACGCGAGGUCCCCCGGCGACUGCUUCGCCAAGGCCGGCUAUGGUUGGGUGCGUCCCGGCAACACCGCCGGCAACGCUGUGCAGUGCCCGGCCGGCACCUACAACCCCAGCGGCUUCACCAAGGCGCCCGCCAGGGCGGUUGCGCCGGGCGCCGUGCCCUGGGGCUGCCGCGCGUGCCCGGGUGGCCUGACGACCGUGGUUGCUGGCGCCAGCUCAGCAAUGGCGUGCACGGCUGCAAAAGGGUACUACUUUGAUGCUGGCAAGGCGGUGCCUUGCCCGCUCGGAUUCUACAAAAACACGGUUUCCAACGAGAAUUGCAAGCCCUGCGCAGACGGCAUCACCACCCAGAAGACGGCGUCGGUUGAGCCCGAGAGCUGCAACCUCCUGGAGCCUGGCUACGGAGUGGAUGCCCAGGGCAACACGACGCCAUGCGAUCGCUACAGCUUUGGCCCCGGCGGCCUGGUCUGGACGCCGGGCACCAGCCAGCCGUGCAUCCAGUGCCCCCAGGGGUCCAUAACUGACACCCAGGGGGCCGUGUCGAUGGAUGACUGCCGCAACCCGCCUGGCUACGGGCUCGACCCCGUCACAAAUGCCUCCUCAAUUUGCCAUGUCGGAUGGUACAGCCCUGGCUGGAACCGCCUCCCCUGCCUGGCGUGCGGCAACGGCUUCCUUACCGAGGGCAACGCCUCCAUCCACAGCGACCAGUGCUAUGUCCCCGCCGGCUACGGCUCUGGCGUAUCCGCCGGGGUGUGGAGCGCCUGGCCGUGCCCUGCGGAUACGUACGCCUCCAACACGGCGACGUGGGGCCUGCAGAGGGUGGACUGCCUCCCCUGCCUUGACCACAUGGGCACGCGCAACCAAACAGCGUCUCAGGGCGAGGCUGCGUGCGUGACCGACCCGGGCUAUGGCUACUACGCAAAAGAGGUCCGCAUCUGCGAGAUGGGAUCCUGGUCGGCCGGCCUCGCCAGGGAGCCCUGCACGGCAUGCGGCCUCGGCAGAACGACGGCCGACGACGGCGCGACGGCGCUCGAGGCGUGCGAGUUUGAGAGCGGCUGGACGGACGGCGGGAACGGCGCCGCGACGCCCUGCCCGCUCGGCAGGUUCAAGGAGCAGCUCGGCCCCCAGCCCUGCGACGCCUGCCCCAAUGGCACCUACACCACGUUUUACGGCGCCAACCUGGUGUCGGACUGCAGCGUGUGCAUGCCGGGCUACGGCGCCCCCGGGGGCAGCAUCAACCCCCUGAAGCCGGCGUGCGCGAUGUGUGGCUACGACACGUACAGCAGCGGGAUGGGCGCCAUGGCGUGCACAACGUGCGGCGCGGGCAUGGUUUCGCGGAUGGGAUUGAUCUGA